GUGUCACAUCAGCAGAAACCAGAGCGUUCUACUGGACUUACACAUUUACUGUUAGCCAGCUAACAAAUAGUUCAUGUUGCUGGGAAACAUGUGAUGGGACGGGCUAAGAGCAGGAAGGAAUAGCUGAUGGUGUCAGUUUGUUUUGAGUCUCACCGGAGCCUCUGGGCUGAAAAGACAGUAGGUAGAGGAGGUUUAAUAUAUAGGAUUAAUAAAUGAGAAUGCAUAUAUACACCAGGCUGAAUGAAAGAUCGCGAGCUAUAACGGUCACCUUGUUCUUGGGCUAAAAACUAAAGGUGUUCUUCCGCUGAAGGGUUCAGUGUCAGUGGUGGUCUUUAUUUCAGGUGACGCUGUAGAAGCCCCUGUGAACACGGUUCUAUUUAAUAUCAGUUUGAUGCUUUUGUAACUGUACAUAUGUUUGCAGUAUUGUGAUAUCUCUAUAGAAUAUCGGUAUUGAUUUCAGCCCUACAGUCGCCAUCAUAUCUGCUGAGGCGGCUUGUCCUCCACCCUCCUUCACCCUCUGUCUCUUCACCCCCUGCUGUGUGUGAUCAUUAAUAUGAUGAAUCUGCUCCUCCUGGGUGCUCACUAAACUCUCCAUCACUCUGUAAUUGAAUUAGUGUUUUUCAUGGAUGUUACUCAGAGCUGCUCUUUCUCCUCCUGAUCCUCUGACUCAAGGUCUGUUUUCCUUAUUUCUGUGCCAAAGUGGCCAAAUGUAGGCAAGCUGCCCAAAAUGUCCUCACAGUGGCAGUGACGUAAAAUCUCUCCACACAAAAACAGAAGGACUUGCACACACAUUGCAUGCAAAUACAACAUGUGCUAUAAACACACACUGUAGAGUUGAAAGAGAAGAAAUGCAUGAAAGCAGAGAUCACUGUGUCCCACAGUGAGUGUGUAUAUGUGUGUGCGUACAUACAUGUGUGUAUUUGGUAUCGACAGAUGCUGGUGGGAAGGGGGGGGGUGUUCUCGGCUAAGUGAUACUCCUCUUUUAUUCUCUGUCUCUCAGCUUUCCAUCUCCCCGCCCCCAUUGUGUAUAUGUGGCUGCAGUGUCUCAGUACAGCACUGUGCAGUCAGUUGGAGGUCGAGAGACAUUUACUGAGAGCUAGAGGGUGAGAUGAUUUGAGCUCGGUGUGUGCUGCUGGCUCUCACAGCUUUUCGGACGGACGCCACAGCUGACGGCGUGUUUGUGUGUCAGCAUCUGGGUUUUGGCUCUGAGUGUGUGUGUGUGUGUGUGUUUGGUGCUUUGUUUUUGCCAACACAGAAGAAGAAGAAAACAUUUUUCCUCCUCCUGCUGCUGCAGCAGAAGUGCGCGCGGGUGAGCGAGGUUCAGCUGCAUCAUUGCUGCAUGUGUUUAGAUCCACCAUCAGGAGCUGCUGUGUGCCUUUGUCCGAUGCUGUGUCCGGCCUCUUGCCUGCCUCUCCUCAGGGAGCUGGCUCAGUGGCGCUGCCUGCUGGGCUUGCAUCGCAAUCAUGGAGUGAGUUCAGCUAGCGCCGCAGGGCUAGCCACUAACACUGAACAACAGCAGCAGCAGGGAUCAGAGGUCAGGGACACAGCCAGUCGACCUGUCGGCUGCACCAAACCGCUGCCGGGCAGCCAGUACUCAUCGGCUGGCUGCCCGCUGUCCCUCCACCACACCGAGAAGCCUGAUCAUGAGGAGGUGUGUGAGUUCAGGUCGUACACCUGCCCAUGUCCUGGAGCUACCUGCAAGUGGCACGGCUCACUGGAGGCUGUCAUACCUCACCUGGUGCACGCACACAAGUCCAUCACCACCCUGCAGGGGGAGGACAUUGUCUUCCUGGCGACGGACAUCAACCUGCCGGGUGCCAUGGACUGGGUGAUGAUGCAGUCGUGUUUCAGCCACCACUUCAUGCUGGUCCUGGAGAAGCAGGGGAAGUACGAAGGCCACCAACAGUUCUUCGCCGUUGUGCUGCUCAUCGGCACCCGCAAGCAGGCAGAGAACUUCGCCUACCGCCUGGAGCUCAACGGCAUUCGCCGCCGGCUCACCUGGGAGGCCACGCCGCGCUCCAUCCAUGAGGAGGGAGUGGCGCCUGCCAUCAUGAACAGCGACUGCUUGGUGUUUGACACCUCCAUCGCCCAUCUGUUUGCCGACAAUGGCAACCUGGGGAUCAACGUCACCAUCUCCAUGUGCUGAGGGAGCGUUCAGCAGUCGCACACAGAAAACUGACAUCACAAGAGACAAAACACGGGGUUAGUUCAGGAGGUUUUGGAUCACAUCCUGCCUCAAUGUGAGUACAGGGACUGGAUCUAUAUGUCCUACAGUUGUGGCGAGUCGUUUGACAAGUUCUCUAUUGAUACUUUGUGAGGAAAACAUUUGAAGCAGCUUCAAACAAAGACAUUUCAGUAGCCACAACGGAAGCCGGCUCUGAUCUGUGUGACGUCUGUGUUGGUCGUCACUGGGCCCCUGAAGAAAAGUGGGCGAAACCUCCAGGAUCGAAGAGCCUCAGCCCUCGAUAGGAAAGAGGUUGGGCCUGUUCCUUCACCUGCCCAGGCCGAGACAGACAUCAAGCUGUCCUGAGUUUAUUCUCCUGAGCAGACAGGAUUCUGCUCUCACUGGAGAUGAACACAUUAUUUACCACAGCGGGUUAUCGGACUUCCUGUCAGUCUGACGGCAUGUUCACAAUAUUCUGACCUCUGUUGUCUUCAGCUGGCAGUGUCGGUGUGGUCGGUCAGGGCUGAGUUCAGUGUUCAACAGCAGAGUCCACCUAAACAGCAGCCGUGAAAGGAAUAAACCAACUGUCACAUGUGACAGUUUAAAAGUCAUCAGCUUUUGAACUGUUGGUCUGACAAAUCAAGUAAAUAAAAAUUUAUGCUUUUGGGCUCUGACACUGUCUGCCAGUUUUUUUCAUGUUUUAAAGAUGAAACAUUGAAUCAGUUUGACGUAAAAUAACAGUAGCAGAUCAGUAAUGGUAGCUGCACCUGAAUUCGAUCAUUGGCACUAGAGUAAGAUCCAAGAUAAAAGCUGCUUUGCGCCACCUCCAGAUGUCAGCUGGCAGUGAAGCCACAGCAGAAUACUGUGAACAUGCUCACUGGACUUGAUGGUGCUGUGCUGAGCAGAGCUGUGGGCCAUGUCCCAGGUUGCUGGUUCAGAUCCCUGCAGGACUGUGCACAGUGGCUGACGGUGGCCAGGACUCGUCCCUCACACUGUGGAAGUCCGAGUGUGACCUCUGUGGGAGUGAGCUGUGAAAUCCAGUGAAUCCUCAGACCUUUUUGAAUCUCAGAUAAAAGCAGUGAAAUGGAGGAUUAAUCCUCCUGUGCUCUGUUUAUCCGUCAGCGCCUUACUUUUCUAUUCACCCCCUUUCUCGGGGAGUCUUGGUGCUGUAGCGGUUCACCUCACAUCAAUUUGUUUUUUACUGAAAGCUGCCCAGGGUAUUACAACUCCUACAGGAGAACUGUAUUAAAAACAGAUGGCUGCUUGCUUGUUUAAAGCCUCAGCGACACAGCAGAUGGACAUUAUGACCUUUAAAGACAUUGUGGGUAAAACCAGAUUUCCUAACAUUCUUUUUUUCUAAACCUUUGUAGCAACCAACCAGGAAGAAACCAACUUCACCAGAUACCUCUGACCACAAACGUCUGUAACUGAACCGCAAACCCCUCAGACCUCAGCUGCGUUUCCUCCAUGUUCGUUUAGCCAAAGAAAACUUGACUUCAUCAGGUUCGUUCACAAUGCAGCAUUUAGGUGUCACUUGUUUAAGUGGAAAUCGUCAGGUUCUAACAUUUUCCUCACUGUUUCAGAGAGUUGUCUGUACUGCAAACCGCAGCUGGAGAGAGUGAAGUCAGCAUAUGUUUGCAAAAUGUAAACAAAUAUAGACUCAAAAACAGGGAAUCCAUUGCAACAUUACACUUCCUGGUUCUGGUAAAACUGCUGAUACAAGUGCAGACAUUUGAGGUUUAAUGCAUCGUCCUCCAAAAGUCUUUGUAGUUUUAAGACAAACUUCUCAAUGAAAAUGAAAACCAAGGUUCCAAGUUGGGCGCCAUUUACGUCAGUCAAAUGUGGCACCGCUGGUUAAGUAGGUUAUUACAAGAAACUUUGAAAAGGCUUAACCUUCACUGUUUAAUACACAGAUCCCUCAGGUGAUGGUCUGUUGUUCUUUCAUUAUUAAAAUAUCUCAUUUUUUGCU